AAAUAAAGUUAGGGUUAUAAGAAAAUGUCAGUUUGUAAAAAUCGUUUAAAUCCCUGUCAGUGCGAUCUAAAUUAGUUUUCCGUUAACCGCAGUGUAUUGUGGGCCGCUUCGCGCCCUCUUCUGGCGGUAACGGUCAUAACCGCGCGUAUAAAUCCCGUUCCCGCUCUACAGCGUUCAGAAGCAGCGAGCAGACCGGAGAUAAAUAAGAGACUAAAGAUGGCGACGGUGGAGGAUUCACGGGACAAAUUCGGAUCCAAAACUUCCCUUUGGAUCACAGAGUCCAGCGGUCCCGUGGCGCAGUGAGAGCCGCGAACCCCGCGACACCGAGCCGACACACGUUACACGGCUUUACUUCUACACUUUCUCGCUCGCAGUCGCAAAUAAAGCGGAUUUUGGAUUCAGAUCAUCCGAGCUGGCACCGGAUCCCGCUGCGAUGAUCCCGGACUGAACUGAACCGAGUCCGUGUCGAGCUGUAGUUCGGUUCCGGUGGAUGGAGGCCGCGGGAGGGAGUCUGUCCGCCCCGGUGUCGCAGUGAUUUGGCUCGGAACCGGAUCGUGAUGUAUUUUCUGAGCGGCUGGCCGCGGAGGCUCCUCUGCCCGCUCCGGAGCAGCGAGCGGCCCUUCCUGAUCGAGCCCAGCGCGCAACGCUUCUACCUGGCGGUGCUGUCCGAGACCCAGAUCAGCAUCUGGUUCAGCAGGCCCAGCGUGUUGAUCGUCAGUUAUAUCGAGUCUGGGAAAGCGGCCGCACAGUUCGGCUUCUAUCAGCAGGUGGAAUGGAAGCCCGAUGACUCCAUGAUCGCAGUGACGGCUGCGAACGGUUACGUCCUGCUGUUUGACAUCAUCGGAGGCUCAGAUGAGAAGAACCUGUACGAGCCUGUCUAUCCCAAGGGCGCUCGUGUUAAGGUGACUCCGGGUUAUAAAGAGGAACAGUGCGCUCCAGCUCUGACCCUAGAGAUGAAGAAACCCAUCGACCUGGAGGCACCAAUCAGCUGUCUGCAGACGCUGCAGGACGAUCUGUUAGUGGCGACGGCUGACGGUUAUCUGCACACGCUGCACUGGGACAGUGUGAGGAACGGCCGGAGAGCAGUGAACCUGUGCACCAUCCCCUUCUCCCUCGACCUGCAGUCCUCCAGAGGAGGGCCGUGUUUGGACCUGGACGGUGUUUAUAUCAGGGAUAUGGAGUACUGCGCUACUCUGGAUGGAUAUGCAGUGGUGUUUGAUGACGGGCGACUCGGUUUCAUCACGCCAACCUCAAACAGACUCGCCACAGAUCAGCUGCAGGGCGUUUGGGCCGCAGACGUCUCUGAUGGCACGUGUGUCGCCGUCAACAACAAAUACAGACUCAUGGCCUUCGGAUGCGCAAGCGGGGCAGUGUUGGUGUACAUGAUUGACAGCUCUACAGGAUCCAUGCAGCUCUCUCAUAAGCUGGAGUUAACCCCGAAACACUACCCAGAUAUGUGGAAUAAGACGGGGUCUGUGAAGAUGCUGCGCUGGUCUCCAGACUGCAGUGUGGUGAUGGUGACGUGGGACUGUGGAGGUCUGUCUCUGUGGAGUGUGUUUGGAGCUCAUCUCAUCUGCACACUCGGAGAGGACUUCUCCUGUCACUCAGACGGCACGAAGAAAGAGCCUCUGAAGAUCAGCUCUAUGAGCUGGGGAGUGGAGGGAUAUCAUCUGUGGGUGAUCGCCAGCACAGACACGGCUCCGGAUCCUGACGAGAAACUCCAGCAGACCGGCAUCCUGCAGUUUCAGUUCAUUAAGAGCGCGCUGACCGUCAACCCGUGCACCAGUAAUCAGGAGCAGGUGCUGCUCCACGGAGAGGAUCGUCUGUAUCUGACCUGUGGAGACCCGACCCAGGCUCACAGUGUGUCUGAGAAGAGCUCGUCUCGGGACAGUGGCAGUCCUGUGCCCCGGCCGUCAGCGUCCGCCCCUCUCUCUCAGGGUCUCAGCACUUUACUGGGCCACAAGCACUGGCAGGUGGUUCAGAUUCACAGCACAUAUCUAGAGACAAACUGGCCCAUCAGGUUCGCAGCUAUAGACUGGUCUGGUCAGUGUGUGGCUAUAGCUGGCCGCCGUGGAUUUGCACAUUACUCUUUAUACACCAGGAAAUGGAAACUGUUUGGUAACGUCACCCAGGAGCAGAAUAUGACGGUGACAGGGGGUCUCACGUGGUGGGAGGACUUUGUUGUUCUUGCCUGUUAUAACUUCAUUGACCGGCAGGAAGAGCUGAGGUUUUACGUGCGCACAUCUAACCUGGAUAACGUGUUUGCCAGCGUCACUAAGCUUCAGAGCGACACGCUGCUGCUAAACGUGUUUCGUGACGUGGUGAUCCUGUUCAGAGCCGACUGCUCCAUCUGCCUCUACAGCAUCGAGAGACGACACGACAGUCCGAGUCCGUCGGUCAGCGUGGAGCUGCUGCAGGAGGUGUCCAUGUCCCGCUAUAUUCCUCACCCCGGUCUGGUGGUGUCUGUGACCCUCACAUCAGUCCGGACGGAGACCGGCAUCACGCUCAAAGCCCCGCAGCAGGCCUGUUCGGCGGAGAGUAUCCUGUUGAAUUUGGCCGGUCAGCUGAUCAUGCUGCAGAGAGACCGAUCCGGCCCACAGGUUCGAGAGAAGGACACGCCGGCCAAUCAGACCAAGCUGCUUCCCUUCUGUCCUCCGGUGGUUCUGGCUCAGUGCGUGGAGAACGUCUGGACCACGUGCCGCAGCAACCGCAAGAAACGCCACCUGAUGGAGGCUUUAUGGCUCUCGUGCGGCGAGGCGGGGAUGAAGGUGUGGCUUCCUCUGUUCCCCAGAGACCACCGCAAGCCGCACUCGUUCCUGUCGCGCCGGAUCAUGCUGCCCUUCCUCAUCAACAUCUACCCGCUCACCGUGCUGUUCGAGGACGCGCUGAUCCUGGGCGCCUCCAACGAGACGGUGCUGUUCGACGGGACCGGCUCGUCCUCGCUCGAGGCGCUCUUCCCCUUCUGCACGGUGGAGCGGACGUCCCAGAUCUACCUCCAUCACAUCCUGAGACAGCUGCUGGUGCGUAACCUGGGCGAGCAGGCGCUGAUGCUGGCGCAGUCCUGUGCCUCGCUGCCGUACUUCCCUCACGUCCUGGAGCUGAUGGUGCACGUGGUGCUGGAGGAGGAGGCCACGUCCCGAGAGCCCAUCCCUGACCCGCUGCUGCCCACCGUCGCCAAGUUCGUGACCGAGUUCCCGCUCUUCCUGCAGACCAUCGUUCACUGCGCACGCAAGACCGAGUACGCGCUGUGGAACUACCUGUUCGCCGCCGUGGGGAACCCCAAAGACCUGUUCGAGGAGUGUCUGAUGGCACAGGAUCUGGACACGGCCGCGUCCUACCUGAUCAUCCUGCAGAAUAUGGAGGUCCCUGCGGUCAGCCGUCAGCACGCCACUCUGCUCUUCAACACGGCUCUGGAGCAGGGCAAAUGGGAUCUGUGUCGUCACAUGAUCCGCUUCCUGAAGGCCAUUGGUUCAGGGGAGAACGAGACUCCGCCCAGCACACCCACCACUCAGGAGCAGAGCUCCACGGGCGGCUUCGAGUUCUUCAGGAACCGCAGCAUCAGUCUGUCUCAGUCGGCCGACAGCAUCGCUGGAGGAAAGUUCAACCUGCAGAAGACCCUGAGCGUGCCGUCUGGACCGUCCUCCAAAGGCUGGUGUAAGGACACUGACUCAGCGGAGAAUCUCUACAUUGAUAUGAUGCUGUGGCGUCACGCGCGGCACCUGCUGGAGGAGGUCAGACUGCGGGAUCUGGGCUGUUUCUCCGCCCAGCUGGGCUUCGAGCUGAUUGGCUGGCUGUGUCGAGAGCGCACGCGGGUUGCACGGAUCGACGACUUCGUUACCGCCCUCAAAUGCCUGCACAAGGACUUCCUGUGGCCAUUUCCUGUAAUCCCAGCAUGCUCCAUUAACUCGCCGCUGAAGAACGGACGCUGCCGCCCAGUGUUGAGUCCUCGUUUGCUGAAGUCUCAGUCUGCAGACAGUUUGCUGAACAGUGACAUGGACACCACAGCCAAUCACAGCUGGCUGGAUAGUUUGGGGGCGGUCUCAAAGGAACUGGACUCCGCCUCCUCUCACGGAGGGCCACAGACGCAGGAGGCGUUUCUCUCUCCUCUCAUCAACAAAGGAGAGGAGUGCAGCAUCGGUUCAGCCACAGACCUCACUGAGACCAGCUCCAUGGUGGAUGGUGAUUGGAUGAUGGUCGACGAGAAUGUCUCCACCCUCAGUCUCAGCCAAUCAGAGCUGGAGCACAUCUCUAUGGAGCUGGCCAAUAAAGGUCCUCACAAGAGUCAGGUGCAGCUGCGGUAUCUGCUGCACGUCUUCAUGGAGGCCGGCUGUCUGGAGUGGUGCGUGGUCAUCGGGCUGAUCUUACGGGACGCCGCUGUCAUUAAGCAGGUCGUGGGCUUUUUGGACAGUCCAGAAGUCCCAGCAGAAACGGUCCAGAGCAUCCGAGCCGGCCUGAAAGCUGUCGACCUCUGGGCCUCGUCUGAUUGUCUGGGCUACAAGCCGUUCCUGAAUCUGAUUGGUCCUCAGCUGCUGAAGCUCCUGGAGGUUCCUGUGGAGCAGGUCCAGGCCGAAUCCUUCCAGCUGACCGGAACGUCCAAACUGAGCGAUCCUCCUCUGCUGCUGCCCCGAGCCGAGGAACUGACCGCUGCUCACCCGCUGCCCUCGGACGGCCCCACAGGAGCCAGCGCUCGACCCCUGGACGACACACCGCCGCAGCCAGAGGAGCAGGAGCCGCUGGAGGAGGGGUCGUACGACUGCACGCUCUCCUGACGUGUGUGUGUGUGUGUGUGUGUGUGUCUGCUGUGUUCUCAGCGUCCUGUGGCCAGCAGCAUCAUGUUUCUCCUCUCUUCACCUCCACACUGCACAACAUCUGCUUCUUCAUUAGUAUUUGUGUCUUUGGUUGUUUUUAGCUCUUCCAGUACAAACAUCUGAUCAUUCUGACAUCACAAUACAUUCACAAAUACAGUUUCUGAUCAAAGUCAUCAAAGUGAAUCGAGUUCAUGCUUAAAACAAGUACAAGUAUCAGUUAGAUUUUUUUUUGCUAAACAUUUUGUAUUUUCUUUAUAAUAUUUAAGAAUUAAGUUUCCAUUUAAAUUGUUUAUUUGUAUUUUACAAAAAAAAAUUUACACACUGCCAGAUAUUUGUUCUUGUUUUAAGCAUAAACUCUUAAUUUUGAUAAUUUUUCAGACUUGUGAUGUAGUCAUACACAUGCAUUAUUUGACAAAUUUAUUAUGCAAGAUGCUAAAAAUUCAUUAUUGAUAGUGAUCUUUUUUGUUAUUAAUCUUGAACAUGCCUUUUUUAAUCGCUAUUUCUAUUUUCAUGUCUCUCUCUCUCUCUAAAAUAUAUAUAUAUAUAUAUAUAUAUAUAUAUACUUACAGAGAAAAAUUAAUUUUUCUGUUUCCUAUCAUGAACUUGCUUCAUUUUGAUAAUUCUACUGAUAAAAAUCAAAAUGUUAUAUCUUAAAUCAAGGCAUAAAAGCAGUUUACAGUUUUUUUUUUUUUUUCUUUUCUUUUUUAUUAUUAUUUAUUUUUUUAUAGUCAACAUUAUUGUACAUCAAAGUAUGCAGUUAUUCAUCACUGUAUCUGUUCUUUUUAUUUUGUACUUUUAUUUUUUCACUACAUUUUCUAUAUAAAUAAAAAAAUUAGCUUAAACCUGCUUAAUUUCUGUAAGAAAACAAUAAUAUCCGAUCAAAAUGAGCAAAAUCAUUUUUAAUUUCAUUUCUCUGGUAAAUCGAUCUCAAUUUAAGAAUAUUUAGAUAUUUGUACUGGAAAGAAUAAAACAAAAUUCUAAAGAUAAAUACUAAGAAAGUGUUUUUUGCAGUGUGUGAGAAUCAUGAGUUCUGUGGGAAUCAGUGAUUAUCGAUCAGCGUGUUUUUAUGGCUUUGAGUUUGUGUUUGAAUGUUAAUGAUGAUUUUUACUGGAUGCAGCUUCUUUGCGAUCAUCUCCGGUCUGAUCCUGACAGGUUUUAUUGGUUUUUAAGUCAUGAGCUGAUGACUGUUCAUUGACCAAACAUCAUAGCUUUUCUUCAACACAAACACAUGCAUUAUUUAUUCCCCAAUCGUAUCUUACAGCCAUGAUAUUAAUCUCAAAAAAGCAGUUUUCCACCACUAGAUCUCGGCGGACUGUUAUUUUUGUGAUGAUUUUGUGUUGUUUCUGAAUUGCAUUAUUGCAGGUUUGUGUAUUUAUUUGAGCAGCAGGACAGAGACGUGAACAGAUCGUCAGUAUUAAUGUGUUCAGUGUUCGUCUCGUUAGCGCUGCCUUCACACCGGACCAAACCAUCUACACGCAUCAAUGCCUUUGUGUUAUUCUUCUUCUUCUUGUAGUUCUUAUGCAUUAUUGACAACCGUCUCUGAGUAUUUAGCAGCUUUAAUGAGAUGCAUCUUUAUUUUAUUGUUUUAUUUCCCCCCGAACGGCUCAAACGAGCAGCUUAGACCGGUCUGGUCUGGUUUAAUCUGGUUCAGUGACUCUCAAACCAGCUGACGAGAGCCCAAACCCUGUAAAACCUGCAGGUCUCAGUGGCUUCUCCUCCUGUCUCAGUAUUCCUGAUGAUCAUGUUCACAAACCAAAGAGCUUCACGGACGCAGUCACGGUACGGAUUACCCACAAUCCCUCUGACGUCACAGGACUGAUGAUGUGGUUUCACGUGGACUGAGGGUCUUGAUCUGGUUUCUGUGGGUUUGUGUCGGUACUCUUGAGUUCUGUACAGUUUAGAGUGUCUUCUCAAUGCAGUGUACAGAGUUUCCUGGACAAUGACUUUUCUACGCUGUUUUCUAUUUCCUGUACAUAAUGAACAAUAAAUUAUUUUUUAAACGUG